CUCGGAUGAGGAAGUGCACCUACAUCGGUGUUGGCUUUGAAUAAGGCAACGAUAACAAGUCUGGUUGUGACCCCUGUGUGACAGGAGCCAUGAAGCUCCGGCUGCACUUCGUGGUGGACCCCAUGGGAUGGCUUUGCAUCGGUGUAGUGUUUGGGAUCUGGCUGUACAACACAUUCUUCAUUCCCAAGUUAGUGCUGUUUCCGCACUACAAUGAAGGACACAUCCCCUGGGCCAUAGUUGUCUGUUAUUACAUCGCAUCAGGCCUCUGCAUUUCGGCCUUGUUAAGAGCUUCCACAGCGGACCCUGGCCGUCUUCCUACAGACCCUUACAUACCUCAUGCUGAGCGGGAGAACUGGGAGUUGUGCAACAAGUGCAAUUUAAUGAGACCCAAAAGGUCCCACCACUGCAGUCGUUGUGGUCACUGUGUCCGCAGAAUGGACCAUCACUGCCCUUGGAUCAAUAACUGUGUGGGAGAAGACAACCAUUGGCUCUUCCUACAGCUCUGUUUUUACACUCAGGUCCUCAGUAUGUUCACCCUGGCCUUGGACUUCUGUCAGUAUUAUUACUUCCAGCCGCUGAAAGGAUUAGACAAGGAGAAGUUCACGACACAACAUGAGCUGGCCCUGCUGCGGGCCUCAGCGCUCAUGGGUGUGGUGAUGUUUGGUGGCAUGAGCACCCUGUUUUACACUCAGAUGACUGGCAUCCUGUCUGACACUACUACCAUCGAGAAAAUGGCUCAGUUCUCAAAUGAAACAUAUAAUUCCAAGAGGUCCUGGCAGCGUGCACUGGCUGAAGUGUUUGGCACCAGUUGGAAAGUCUUGUGGUUCAUCCCUCUGCGAAGCCGGCAUCCGCUCCAAGCUAGCCACCAUUUCCGCACCCAUGUGUAGACAGGUAACGGGGCUCUGCCCCCUACCUGUCCAGAUAGUUGCGGUCGCCAAACAAACACUUAAUAUACACACUGAGCAUCCAUCUGCUUGCCCCUACCAUCAUUACUCUGCCACGGGAGCAAGGCAGCAGUCUUGGUUUGCCAAAGGACGCACCAAGCUUUUGUUUUUGGCCUUUCUCUUCAGCGCCCGGGCCGGCGGUUAAAGCAGGGUUAAGAACAAACUUCAGGAAUGACGGGGAAACGUCGCUUUUUUUUCCUCCCCUUUUUUCCCCAAAUUUCUACAAUAAAUAGUACUCACUGUGACAGCUACCCAUGGUAUUUGGGAACUGAUAUCAAUGGGUAACUGCACCAUGGACAUGGAAGUCAUCACCUAAAAGCCAGUGGCAAAAAGGGAGACCGUCUCAGGUUACUUCAAUGAGGAGCCUUCACUUCUGACCUUUAAACAACACAACAGACCGAACUAUGGCAAUUUCAGUGUGUCCCUGAGAAACAGGCUGUUACUGUCGAUGGUUUGUGCCUUGGUUCCUUUUAAUCAGUUAUGUCUUUUUAUUUUCAUUGCAUGUGCAGUGUUACUGGGUUUUUUGUUUUUUUUUCCUUUUGUAUUUCUGGUUUGUGAUCUCCCAGCGAAAUGGAUCGAAUUGCUCCCUCAACUGUCCCCCCUGAAGAAGUGAAAGUGAAACACAAGCCCAGUUUAAAGUUGUCUUGUGCACAGUUAAGGGACACGAUUAUAGCCACACUCCAGUCUAUAUUUAUAAUCGGGUUUUUUUUCUUCUUCUUUUUUGUAAAAUGUUGUUCUGUUGCUUUACUGGAUGAGAGUGUAUUUAUUCUGUCGGGGGUUGUUUUCAUAAAGCACGAACAGAACAAAAUGUAAGUUGUCAACUUGAAUAAUGACAUGAUACCCUUCUAAAAAAAAUUAAUUGGGGCGUCCAGGUAACAUAGCGGUCUAUUCCGUUGCCCACCAACACAGGGAUCACCGGAUCGAAUCCCCGUGUUACCUCCGGCUUGGUCGGGCGUCCCUACAGACACAAUUGGCCGUGUCUGUGGGUGGGAAGCCGGAUGUGGGUAUGUGUCCUGGUCACUGCACUAGCGCCUCCUCUGGUCAGUCGGGGUGUCUGUUCAGGGGGGAGGGGGAACUGGGGGGGAAUAGCGUGAUCCUUCCAUGCGUUACGUCCUCCUGGCGAAACUCCUCACUGUAAGGUGAAAAGAAGCGGCUGGCAACUCCACAUGUAUUGGAGGAGACGUGGUAGUCUACAACCCUCCCCGGAUCGGCAGAGGGGGUGGAGCAGUGACCGAGACGGCUCGGAAGAGUGGAGUAAUUGGCUGGAUACAAUUUGGGAGAAAAAGGGGGGAACAUCAAAAUAAAUAAAUAAAGCUUACACUCUGGCGUGGUUUGGGAGAGGGAAGACCCGAGCUUACACAAUCCACUGUAGGAUUUCUACUGUAUACGGAGCUCUGAUGUAUUAUACAGUUUCAGCUGCUGCACCGAGUACUAGAAUACGCCACAGCUGUCAAAUAUCAUAACCUGAUGCAUCUCUUAUAUUUCUGUCUUUGGAGGUAUUUUGAAUCCCCCAACGAAGGGGUUCAAGUGUCUGCUAUUGUACUCAAGGUUAACCUACAUCAGUCUUUCUAGUUCAAGUCUAUCUAAUCAGCUAUAGCACUUAGAAUGCAGGGGGCACAAAGGGGCCUGUGUAUGUACCGCUGCAUUUCAUAUUCUUGAUA